AGAGAAUGGGGGAAGGUGCCUGGGUUUUGGUCGUGGGUUUGAUAGUGUUGAGGCCGAUAUUUGUAGAGUGUGCAGAUGAGAGAACUCAGAAGCUGAUUGAUUCGAUCUGUCGCUCGAUGGAGGAAUACGGAUUCUGCAACAGAACAUUCAACGACAACCUCAACGGGCCGUCAGCCACCAUUUUCGACCUCACCUGGAUAACUUUGGAUCAGUCUCUGAAUAAUGCAACCAACACGCUGCACUUCGUACUACAAACUCUUCAACACACAACAGACCCGUCUGCAAGGAUAGCUCUGGAAAUAUGUGAGAGAGAUUUUGAGAACAUGCUCAGAGCUGAAAUGAUCACACCCCGAGCACAAGGUCGCUGUGUGUCUCCCGAUUCUGUCACUGAUCUCCCCGAGAGGAAUAGAGAGAUGAGAAUUUUGCUUGCCAUGGCAAUUGUAGCUGGAAACAUAAUCACCAUACGCCUGUAA